AUGAACGGGAUUCUCGCUAUUUCAAAGCCUCAAGGUAUCACAUCCUCCAAGUUCAUUGCACAACUUCAGCAUAUCUUUACUGAUUCACCAGUGUUUGCCAAACAAUUGGCUGAUAUUAGAGGUUCAAAGAUGCAAGCUAUCCAAGAAACUUCAGGUAAAAAGGCAUCAAGAAGACAAAUGCGUAAACAUACAAAAGUGAAGAUGGGCCAUGGUGGUACCUUGGAUCCAUUAGCUACUGGUGUUUUAGUUGUUGGUGUUGGUAAUGGUACCAAAAAAUUACAAAAUUAUCUUUCAGGAACUGUUAAAACUUAUGAAGCUGAAGCUCUUUUCGGUGCCUCAACAACAAGUGGUGAUGUUGAAGGUGAAGUUUUAACUAAAAAUGCAUCAUCUCAUAUAACAAAACAAGAUUUGGAAAAAAUACCUGAGAAAUUCAUUGGACAUUUAAAGCAAACACCACCAAUCUUUGCAGCUUUGAAAAUGGAUGGUAAACCUUUAUAUGAAUAUGCUAGACAAAAUCUACCAUUACCUAGACCAAUUGAACCAAGAGAAGUCCAAAUAUAUGAUUUAAAAAUAGAGGAUGAUUCAUUAACCAAGGAUCAUGAUUACGAGUUUAUCAAAUCAACAGAAGUGGAAGGUGAUGAUGGUGAAAUAACUAUUGAAGAAGCUUUAUCUAAAAACCCAACCUUGAAUGAUAAUAAACUAUAUUUUUCCAAAGAAUAUGCUGAAAAGCAAGGAAAUGCUGAGGAAAGCUUUGAAAUUGAAAAACCAAAACCAUCAGAUGGAUCAGAAAAAGUGGAAAAUUACAAGGCUCCAUUAUUACACUUUACAGCAUCUGUUAGCUCCGGUACCUAUAUUAGAUCAUUAAUUAGUGACAUUGGGAAAGCUGUUCAAUCAUCUGCAUACAUGGUUAAAUUGAUAAGGCUUCAACAAGCUGAAUGGGAAUUAGAGAAAAAUGUCUUUAAACUUGAAGAUUUCACUGAAAGAGACCCUGAAGUUUGGGGUCCUGUGUUGAAACAAGUUUUCGAUAAAGGUGAAGCUGAGAAGGAAUAUAAGGAGAAGAAGGCCAAACAGGAAGAGGAGGAAGAAGAAGAUGGAGAAACAUCCAAGAAGAGAACCAUAGACCAAGUAGAAUAG